AUGUCCACGAAGGCUACUCUACCAAGGCAGUGCGGGCACAAAACCCCACGAACUGGCUGGGAGUGGGCCAACGAGGUACGAGAGGUUUGGAACAGGGGCCAACCGAAGCAAGCCGCUAGUACCUACGCAAACCAUGCCACCGGGCUCGAGCCUGUUGAAGUAAUCCACGGACACGAACUGUGGCGCUUGAAGAGACUUCGUGAUCUCAAGGCCAUGUAUGACCCUUCCGAUCGUUUGCGGUACUACAACCCGAUCAUCGGAGGAACAUGA